AUGUCUAAUCCGAGCAACGGCGCCCGUCGCGCCGCGAACCCGAUGACCUCGCGUGCCAAGCCGAUACCGCCGGGCAACGAAGAGGCCUCGACAGUGCUGAACCUCGGCGAGUUCCAGGACGUGACCACCCUCACCCUGUCCGAGGCCUCGCUGGUCAUCAAUGCGCUGGUUCACAAGCGCCGGGUGGAGGGCAAGGACGUGGAGAAGAACGAGAUGCUCACGAAGACGGUUGACUACCUCGAUAACUUUGCGCGAUUCCAGAAGAAGGAGAACGUCGAGGCCGUAGAGCGACUGCUGGGUGCGCACAAGGAGUUCCAUAAGUUCGAACGAGCGCAGCUUGGCAACCUCUGCUGUGCUGAUGCCGAAGAGGCCAAGACCCUGAUCCCGUCCCUCCAGGACAAAAUCAGUGACGAUGACCUGAACGAGCUCUUGGAGGAGAUGGCCAAGUUCCGCUAG